AUGAGUUACAAUGGUAAAGCUGCAUACAAGUCUGGCUCUGUGUUCAAUGACCUACGCCGAACACGAGAACUUAGUGAUGCAGUCAUUGUAGUGGACAAAGUUGAAUUUCAAAUCCAUAAAAUUAUUCUAUGCAACUGCAGUCCAUACUUUGGAGAACUUUUUCUGCGGUGGUCAAACCCAGACCAGAGGGUCUACAUCAUCCAUGGUCCAACACCUCCCUUAAUGCAGCUUCUCAUUGACUUUGCAUACACUGGCUCUGUGCCAGUGACAGAGGACAAUGUAAAGGAUCUGCUGGUAGCAGCCGAUAAGUUUAACAUGACGGCCAUUGUUCAAACCUGCUGCACGUUUCUAACGGAGCGGCUCUGCUCAGAGAACUGCAUCGGCAUCUGGCAGUUCACAAAGAACUGUUACACCCCGGAGCUGCAGGUUGCGGCCUACCAAUACAUCCUAUACCAUUUUGAGGAGGUUGCAAACUCUGAUGAGUUGUGGCAACUCUCUAUUCAGGACAUGUGUGAAAUCCUUGACAGGGACGACCUGAUAGUGAAAAAGGAAAGCACCGUCUAUGAAGCCAUCCUCCACUGGAUUGCACACGCUCCAGGAGAGCGUAGCGGAAACUUUACAGUGCUCCUGGAGAAAGUGCGUCUAGCUCUGAUGAGUCAGGAGUUCAUAACCAUCAACGUGUUGACCAAUCAGCUGGUGCAGAACUGCGGCAAAUGCUUGGACAUGGUCGCCUUUGCCACACGAAUGAUGCGACACAUGACCACGAUGUCUGUGUCUGGAUAUUGCAACCUUGUCGCCCGCCCUCGCCUACCUUCUGCCAUCCUGCUGGCGAUUGGAGGCUGGAGUGAUGCAAAUCCGAUACACCACAUUGAGACGUACGACAUGCAUGCCAACUGUUGGGACUACCUUGUAGAGAGUAUGCAACAGCCCCGAGCUUACUGCGGCGCCGCCUUUCUCAAUGACUGCAUCUACUGUGUCGGUGGCUUUGGCGGCGCUGUACAUUACAACACCGUCAGCUGCUUUGACCUGAACACACGCACGUGGAGGGAAGUGGCGCCCAUGCACUUCCAUCGCUGCUAUGUGAGCGUGACUGUGGUUAAUGGAUGCAUCUACGCAUUAGGAGGCUAUGAUGGACGUGCAAGACUAAGAGCUGCUGAAUACUACAGACCUGAAACCAACCAGUGGACUCUUGUUGCUAACAUGCACGAAAAGAGGAGUAAUGCCGGCUGCACAACCCUAAACAACAAGAUAUACAUUUGCGGUGGUUUUAAUGGAAAUGAGUUCUUACAAACAGCCGAGUGUUACAGCCCAGAGACAAAUGAGUGGACAAUGAUAACACCAAUGGGCAGCCGCCGCAGUGGCAUUGGAGUUGUUGGGUUUGCUGACUAUAUUUAUGCAGUUGGCGGUUAUGAUGGUGAUGUACGUCUGGCCAGCGCUGAGGCUUAUAACCCCCGGACCAAUAGCUGGAUGGUACUGCCCCCCAUGCAAUGCCCCAGAAGUAACUUUGGCAUUGAAGUCGUUGGGGAUCGCCUCUUUGUGGCUGGGGGUUACAAUGGCGUCUCCACAAUCAACCACGUUGAGUACUAUGACCUAUCAACUGGUCUGUGGUCUUCGGCCAGUGACAUGGGGAUCUCCCGCAAUGCUUUGACCUGCUGUGUGAUCACUGGAUUUCGCAAUGUAAGCCAGUAUGCUAUGCUUCGGGACAAUUUACCAGUGCUCUUCUUGGAAGAUGAUUUGAACACAGAAGAUUUUAUGUAA